CCGGCGGCAAUCAGGCCACCGCGGCAAGCAGCCCGGUGGUUCAUCGUUCGAUGAUAAUAGCGGUGUUGCCAGGUAUCUCGCUCAUCUCGCUCAGCUCGGCCAAUCGUGCCGCCAUUGAAUCCAAUCCUUGCUAUAGCUAUAGCUUCUACGGUUAUAGCAUCGAGCACUUCGGUGCCAGAAUGCCUUCUCAAUGCAAAAACCUCUCCUGAGAAUCCCCUAUACGGGCCCCUUGCCGCCGCCGACCAUCAUCCCGCGCAAUGCCAAUACCCUGAUCGGUGCAAUCGCUGCUCUCUCCAAUUUCCUCACGGCCCCGCCCUCUCCGUCCUUGCGCGAUUCGGCCGGGGAUCCUCACUCGACGGUCGUGUUAUCCGGGGCUGGCAUAUCAGUGGCAUCGGGAUUGGCAGAUUACAGAGGCACGAAUGGGACAUAUAGGCAAAACAAGUCGUAUCGACCGAUAUACUACCAUGAGUUCCUGGCCAACCAUGAGGCGCGGAAGAGGUAUUGGGCCCGAAGUUUUCUGGGCUGGCCAACUCUACACAAGGCUAAGCCGAACCAAACACAUUUCGCUAUCAAAAGUCUCGGUGAGCUGGGACUUGUGCGCAGCGUCGUUACGCAAAACGUCGAUUCUUUCCAUUCUAUCGCUCAUCCGGAAAUUCCAACCCUUGAACUUCACGGAUACCUUCGCGCCUUGAGGUGUGUGACUUGUCACAAUGACCUGCCUCGAGAGUCAUUCCAAGAUGCUCUCGCGAGACUGAACCCCGCCUGGGCUGCUUUCCUAGCUGAGGCAAUUGAGGCGGGCGCCCUGGACACAGAGAAUCCGGACGAGAGACGAGCAAAGGGCAUGAAAAUGAACCCGGACGGAGACGUUGAUCUUCCGGACGCCCCCUACACGACAUUUAGAUACCCGGCUUGUCCUCAUUGCUUGGCCAAUCCACCCAUAGCAGCCGAUGGCACGCGGACGAAAGUUGAGGUUGACCAUGAAGGGGCCUGGAAACCUACCAGCACAGCAGGUGUCCUGAAGCCUGCAGUAGUUAUGUUUGGAGAGAGCAUAGCGAGUAGCGUUAAGGAAGCCGCUGAGCAGGCAAUCGACGGAUCAGGGAGAUUGCUGGUGCUAGGAACCUCUCUUGCCACAUAUUCAGCUUGGAGACUUGCAAAGCGGGCCCACGAGAGAGGGAUGCCGAUUGCAAUAUUAAACCUUGGGGGUGCUAGAGGCGAGGAGGCAUUCUUCAGCAAUCUGCCUAUAGGUCAAAAGGGAGAAUCAGGAGUCCGAGUUGACAUGGGAACAGACAAAGUCCUUCCUGAACUUCUUGAUCACUUGAGGCGCAUCGGGUAUGCCCAGACACACAGUGGCAACGUUUCAAGAGCCAUAGACGAAGAACACAAGAACAGUAGAAUGUUCAAAGACAUGCUGUCCUAAUAUAGCGAGUUUGUUGUAUAGAUUUUUGAGAGAUGGCAUAGAAUUUACCCAGAAUAUAAUACCUGUUUUCCCAACGAAGCACC